GUCCUUUAAGCGGCUGUGCACAGUAAUGGCUGAAGCCCCAUGAGUGAGACAUUAGCAGAGAGAUGCUACAGAAGCCGUCAGGUUGCACGCAGCAUCUCUGCAUCUCCAGUCUGGGCUGAUCUGCUCCUCCUCCUCUUCCUCCACCACCAACACCACCGUGGGGAACUCGUGGGCAUGUGACUUUGGCUGUUAAGAUGGCAGCUCUGUCUGAGCCUCUAGGACUGGAGAGAGAUGUUUCCCGUGCCAUUGAGCUGCUGGAGAGGUUACAGCGCAGCGGAGAGGUGCCGCCUCAGAAACUGCAGGCCUUGCAGCGUGUCUUGCAAAGCAAAUUCUGCUCAGCAGUACGUGAGGUCUAUCAGCAGUUGUAUGACACUCUGGAUAUCCCAGGGAGUGCUGAAAUAAGGGCUCACGCCACUGCUAAGGCUACCGUGGCAGCUUUUGCAGCAAGUGAAGGACACGCACACCCUAGAGUUGUUGAGCUCCCUAAAACUGAUGAAGGGCUGGGAUUUAACAUCAUGGGAGGAAAAGAGCAGAAUUCCCCCAUUUACAUCUCUCGAAUUAUCCCUGGUGGGGUGGCAGAUCGUCAUGGAGGACUCAAACGUGGGGACCAGCUCCUUUCUGUUAACGGGGUGAGUGUUGAAGGAGAGCAGCAUGAAAAGGCAGUGGAGCUCCUGAAAGCUGCACAAGGGACGGUGAAGCUCGUGGUGCGUUAUACUCCAAAAGUUCUGGAGGAGAUGGAGGCCAGAUUUGAGAAGAUGAGGACAGCUCGGCGCCGCCAGCAACAGAACAGCUACACUUCCCUUGAAUCUCGAGGUUGAGCGUCACUCGCCCUGGAUGGAACCAUCUUCUUUGUAUUUACCGACGCGACUUUACCGAUCUCUGAUCUGUGUACAGUAUUUAUUCCAGCUGUGUUUAUACAUAGAGUUGUCUUGGUGUGACAUCCAAUAUGUGAGCAGGUUUAUAAGCACAGGCCGCUGUACAUAAGCUUGGUCGUGGUUUUGUACUGUACUUAUUUUGUGUGUCUCAGCAACUAUACAGAAGAUAUUACGCUGUGGGUGUUUAUGCACAAAAUACUCUGUUCGCACUUAGGAUCU